AUGGCUGUGAUCGGCUGCUGUGAAAAUGGGCUUCUUGUCGAUCACCAAAGAAGUAUUUCUGAGUCAGUUUCGGAGUUGUCCUUGUGCUGCAAAGACAGUUUAUUCGCUUUGUUUGAACCUUACUUUCGAUCUUCAGUUACAAACAGUGGUACGCGUAAACGAAAGGUAAGCUUGCAACACUGACUGAGUUAGCUUGAUUGAUUCUUUAUGGAACGGCGAUUGCCAGCUUAGAUUCUCACAUGAUCUGUAUGCUGCCUCAAGAGUGAACUUUUAGCUAGCUCAUCAGAGACUUUCAAAGGACUAGCUAGAUAGGCACAGGUAGCCCAAAUGCAAGAUGUGUAAGCGGUUUUAUUCACAUACGUGACUGCUUAUCAAUUCUCAUAGAAACAAACGAAAUUUAUAUAGAAAGGCAUGUAGCCUGAAAACGUACAACAGUUAGAAAAACAUGUCACUGAGAGGAUGAGAAAAGUAUAGUGAUGCUCAAAAUAAGGCACUGAAUACAAGGUAAAAACAAUGCUAUCUAAGUUAGGGUUACGUUCUUGUUUUUCUCUACUUAAUCAAAUGUAUACCGGCCAAGAUCCUAUACUUACUAUCACCCCAUACCUUUCCUAUAUUUUUAUUUUAUUACCCCUUAUUGCAUUGUUGUAACUCCACUGAAAACCUUUCACAGUCUCCAAUGCAGGCCUUCUUUGACCGGACGUGUCUCAUGUUCCAAGUCAAUAAUUAAAUUAGUGUUUUUCUUCCCCUCUCUGUAAACCCAGCGAAAAAAAUCCCUGAAAGUUAAUCCAGUUGAGGAGAAGGAGGACACAGAAGCUCUUCUUUACCACCAGAAGGUACUUAAACACAUUUUUUUCGUACCUGUAUUUUUCUAAUUUAUUUAUUUAUCAUCAGCAUAAUUUUCUAUACUGGAACCAAACUUGUGAAUUAUGCAUCAGUCAAUUCCACCUGUGCCCAGCCCCAACCCCCCCUCCCCCACCGGUUGUCAGUCCCGGGGGUGGGGCAUUUGCAAAUUUUGCACUGCUGGCUGGGCACAGUUGGAAUUGACUGAUGUAUUAAUCCUAAAGGCAGAGUUUCACCUCAGUCAGUUAUUGAACAACUGCAUUGCAAUGAGGAAAUUGGGUGCCUGAGAUAUCCAGGAGCUUCCACCAUAGAGAGUAGAAGUCAUUACGUCACAUUGCCAUGGUAGCAGAAUUUCUGGAUGGCAACAAACCAUAAACGUCUCUUAAAAAUUGAAAACUCACACCAGUUCAUACUUCAAAAUCCUAUUGAGUUUCAUUGAAUUUGUCAAAUGUUUGCAAAAAUUUUCUGGAGUUGAAUCCGAAAGGACUGUAUCAAAGUUUAGUGAAAGAAAAAGAACAUUUUUUGUGUUUUGUUCACCUUCUCCAUGAAGCCAGCACUUGAAAUAAGGUAGUUUCAUGUCGCAAUAAUUGUACUACAAUAGCUAUAAAGAAAUGUACCAAAUAUCGUGAUGCAAGUCCAAAGUUGUUGCAUUGCUAAUAUAAACCUACCGGUAUUCAGAGUUGUCACUAAGAUUUCAAGUUGCCGGGUAAAUACAACAAGUAGGCGGGGAAUCAAACGGCUACGGAUUUCUUUUGGUUCUAUUUUUCUUCUAUCUUCCAAUAAAAGUAGCCGGGGGCCACUCUCUUAGUAGCCGGGGAAAAUCCCCGGCCCCCGGCUCUUAAUGACAACCCUGGGUAUUCUUUUUUGCCGUUUUCGUUGCUGUCGCGGUCAUUGUUGCUAAAGCUCCCUAUUGUUGUGAUCCAGAAAUUUUGCUACCAUGGUAAUAGGAUGUCACACUUCUCCUCUCUCUUGGCAGCCAGCUCCAAGAAAGAGACCACUCCCAUGGCUGGCAAAUCCUGGUAACCCAGUCAUGAGCCCCCGUGUGCAAGGGAAGAAAGCAGGCACUCGCCACACUGAGCAAGUCAGUGGAAAUAUGGAAAGGGACAGGUGGAAGGGGAGGGGGGAACGCUAUAAACUGACUCAGCAGUGGCAGAUCUAGGGGAGGGGUCCCCCUUAUUUUUAGUCCAAACAGAAAAAAAUUUUUUGCGACUGUCCCCCUCCCCCUUAUCUCAGGGUCUGGAUGACCAGGAUCCCCCCCCCCCCCUUAUCUGAAGGUGUGGAUCCGCCACUGCUCAGUCACCACAAUUGUGAGACACCAAGGCUGAAUAAAUGCCCACUAAAAAAUGCCCAAACACACCAAUGCCAGAAUGCUAAAAAUGAACUCAAGCAAGAAGAAUAACGUUCUGGAAACUGCAAUAAAAUGGUCAAAGAUAUCAAAACAUCAGAAUGCUAAAAGCACACUAUAACAUGCUACAACGCACACAACUGCAAGAACACAUGGGAUACUGGUGCAUGCACAUCUCAUAACACUGCUAGCAAGCAAAAUAAGGUUAAAGCUCCUUGUCGUUAACUCUGUCAAAUUGUAUUUAAAUGUGUUAUAUUAAUCACUAUUAAAUUUAUCAAAUCUUUGUUUUAAUACAUUUAAGGUGAAAGGGACAAUUCUUAAAGUCCUGGAGAAUCUUGUGAGGACUGGGGUAGAAAAAAGAUAUUUUCUUUCCAGUUGUGAGGACUUUGAAGUAGAUUCAUGUACAGUAGUGCCAGGUAAAAGAUAACACAAUUUCCAAUUUUUUUAUACUAAAUCAUUGCAUGUGCUCCAAACAACACACAAUUUAUAUAUGAAUGUGCUGUUUGUUGUAGAAACAAAUCUUAACUAAUAGCAACCUCUCUACAAAUGUUUUUACCUUGUGAAUAAGUCUCUCAGAAUGGGCUGUUGACAAAACCUGGAUCGGACUGGAUUGGAGAGACCCCCAAAACACUAUCCCUAACCUCCUAUUAUUUGGUGGAAAUAUUUGGGGGUUGGUCCGAUGUGGUCCAAUCCAGAUUUUGUUGAUGCCUCUCAGAAUGACACAAACAUACACAUAGGGAAGCUUGCCUUGAGCCCACAGCAAACAAUUUGCAGAAGUUUGCACAGAUUUUUUUUAUGCCCAGUGGCCUGUUUUGUGAAAAUUCCAGUAACUUUUCAGGCCCGGAAAGCUCUCUUUUUUUGUUGUGUUUGCAUUCAAGAGUAAAGUUUCAAUAGUUUUGAGAAUAAUACAGUGAAACUGUCAGUUGAUGAAGCAAAAGUGACUAGUUUGUGACAGGGUUUGAUUUGAAAAUUUGCCUUUGGGCUUGAAAAGUCUCCAGAAAUUUUGAGAAACAGGCUCCUGGAAGCAGAUCUAUAAGGGAAGGACCCAGAGCCCAGGUCACCACCUUAUUAUUAGGCCAAAUUGACGCCCUUUGAGCGGCCAAUGGGUGGCACAGGAUCUAGAUAAGUGGGUAUCCAACCUACUUGAAGAUCUGAAGCAGCCACUGCUACAACAGCUAUCUUACUGAAAUAGAGGCAUGCAACAACUUAAGGGCAUUCAGUCUUUUCACAAUGGCCAUUAAAAUGCCAAUGAUGGUCAAACUGAUGCAUGCCCUUAAACUCAUUCCCACGCUAAUCUUUACUCUUUGGACCCCCUCUCUCUCUCUCUGGGGUCCAUGUUGGAAAGGACCCUCAGGGAAUGAAGUUCGCACUCACUGCAAUAUACCCUAGUGAACAGUUUCGCUCUAAACAUUUGUUUCCUGUUUACAUUGUAUAUUUUGAUUGUGAAACAAAUUUCAGUUGCAUUUUUUUUCAGUUGUAAAUGCCUUUAUAUUUUCAAAUUUAACCUUGUGAAUGUGGUUUUUUUUAAUGAGCCAAGCAAGUUGCCCUCAUUAUUUUUAACAGCUGCAUCUUUUGCUGUUGUUAAUGUCUAUCAUGAUGUACCAGGAUAGUAAAAUUGAAUGUCUGGGAGAUUAAAAACCAACCAGCCUUUUAAACACUAACACUUCUUUAUGAGAGAAUGGCAGGUACAAGACACACUGGUCACAAGUGCAGUUCACUGCACUAUUGAUAAUAAGGAUAUAACCAGUUUCCCCUCAAGCUAAAACUCUAUCUUGGAUUGGAUUAGGGCUAGGAGACACUUUCAGUGUCGUUUAUUUACUGUAGCACUGUAGUGUGACCUGUACUCUAACCUGCAAUUGCAGGGGCAGAUCUAGGGGGAGGGUGCAGGGGGUGCACACCCCCCCCUGAGAUGACCUGAGGUUUUCUAAUACAACUGGCAUUCUGCAAAAAAAAAACUAUGUGGUUUAUUGGUGUUGAAAUAGAGCAAGAGACGAGUGCACCCCCUCCUAAAAAAAUCCUGGAUCCGCCCCUGAAUUGUUACCUGCGUUUUGUACCUGCCGAUCAAAAACAAUAAAUGCCCAGGCAACAGACGUGUUCAGACUAGACUUAAAAGCUGUGUAUGGUUAUCUUUUUUUUUUGUAAUUUCUACAGAUAAAAAUCUUCCCAGUGAACACAACUUAUUCGGUCAUUUGAUAUCUCAUUUAAAAGAAGAGCCAGCAUUACUUAACAUCUGUGGACAGCCGUACAUUAUACCUCCUCAGUGUACUUUCUUGAUGUCUGAUUCAAGCAACUUACAACCUCUUAUUGAUCAUGGUUAGUAUUUUUGAAUACUACCUGUUGUGCGUGUUAAAACACUCUAGUUAUUUUAAUAUUUAAUCACUUCCACCUUAUGGUGAGAACCACACAACAGAGCGGGGCUCCAAUUUAGGUGUGUCCUUAAAGAUAACCCACCUAAUCCAGGAGAGGUUGGCCACAUCACCAGGGUCUACAUCCCCUACUCUUUUCGAACAGUGGUGUGUUUUUUUUUUUUACUUCCUAUAAGAACCAGAUAGGUGAAAGUGCUGUGAGAUGGGACCUAUGGUUUCUCAUCCUUAUCCGAGAAGACUAGAAAGUCUAACCACUUUGCAGGUGUCGUUGCGAAGGCAGCACUUUCUUCUCAGUUAUUUAACCCUUUAAGCCCCGAUAUCCAUUUACAAAUUCUCCAAACUGAUCUCCAUACAUUUCCUUAAAGAAUACCAGUAAGUUGAGAGAAUUUGAUAAGAGAUAGCUUUUUCCCUGAGGUGAUCAUUUGAUUACAUCUCAUAACCUUUUCUUUUGAUCAUGUAUUGAUAUUGUGUGGAGAAAAUUAUUGAUGUUGGUCACUCUUGAGAAUAAAGGGCUGUGUCACGGCAGUUCGGUUCAUUUUGUUUAAUUUUGCCAAUUACUCGCCCUCAAUCGCUAUGGAACUUAAAGUAAGCAAAGAAAUUACAUGGAAAUGACAAAAUCAGAGAUUCGAGACAAACAAAUAUGUCUCCUGAACAUUAUUUUUGAAAAGCUGUUAGGCUGAACAGUUUUCAAAAUUAAACCCUAAUUUCAAUCCGUUUCAAUCUUCUUCAGUUUUUGCAUGGCAUCUGUUGUAUCAGUUGUGUUAUUUUAACUUUCCUAAUUAAUGUUUUAAGCGGUUAUUUUUACGUUUCUCUUAAUUUAACAGGCAUUUUGUAAUUACCUAAUUUGGCUGAAUUUCGUGACACAGCUCCUUUAAAAGGUUAAAGACCCUGAGUUGUGGUCCAGCCAGUGUUUGAACCUGGACCGCCUGCUCAGCAGACCUGAGCUCCCCUGAGCACUCCCAACUAUAAAGCUAACCAGGUCUAAGCCUUGUCAACUCGUUUUUGUUUGAAAACAGAGUUUGUUUUCUCCAGUUUCAAAAAAAUCUGCCUCCCUUUUUUUCAGAAUAGUGACUGAUUAUGGUACUAUCUUUUUCUUUUACCAAUGGAUGCCAGCGGUAAGAUUUUACGUCUGUUAACUCAUAAUUUAUUUUAAUUAUUUUCUUUUAUUUUCGCAGCCCAACAAAAUGGACUUUAUAAUCUAGUAGUGCUAGAUCCCCCUUGGUAUAACAAGUCUGCAAGACGAGGCUCAAAGUAUGACGGUAACUUCUAGUUUUUCCCCACCUAAGUAAAUGUAUGCCAAAAUCCUACUUAAUAUUACCCCAUACCCUAUAAUUUAUUACCCCUUGUGAAAAGGUAUAUGGCUCAAUUCUCCUGUAACCCUUUUAUUGCUCACAUUGGCCAAAGAAUAAAAUCACAAACAAAAUCAAAUUUUUGUUUUGUUAAAAUCUUGCAAAGUAAACAGUACUAUGUGAAAGUUCUGCCCAUGAGGUUUUAUUUGAAAGGUAACACCGUAAGAUUUCAUCUGCAGAUUUAUAGGUUAGCGUGAUAAAUGAUCUUGCUAUGGUGUGGUCCGGGAGUAAAAGGUUUAAGAAAGGAUUCAUUAAAAAAGCCAAAGUGUGUGGAUAGGGGAAGAUAAAGAAAGAAAAAAAUGGCAAGAACUCCUUGCCUCUUCCUGUCCUUGGCCACACCUUUUUUCACUUAAAGUUUUUUCAGCCUUGCUGUGUGGAUAUAUUGUAAAGGCUGGUUUUCACUGGUGACAGAGUCAGAGUCAGAGUCAUAAGCAGAGUCGUAAGAGCGCUUAUCACCUGGUGAAAAUCCAAAAUUGGAGCCAUAGGCAGAGUCGUAAGCACGACGGGAUUGGAGUUAGUAGAAUCAGCAUGUUUCCAUUUCUUCCUACUCCGCUUAUGAUUCCAUCGCUUGCAUUCCGCUUAUGAUCUAGUGAAAACCAGAUUGUCGGAGUUGGAAGCAGAAGUGGCAGGAUAAACCAAUAACAAUGCACUUUCCCGUGCUUUGUGAUUGGUUUAGCUCUUCCACCUCUGCUUCCAACUCUGACGAUCUGGUUUUCAGUAGAUCACAAGCGGAACAUAGGCGACGGAGUCAUAAGCAAAAUCAGAACGCUGUUUUCACUAGAUGAUAAACACUAGCUACGCUUCUGAUUAUGACUCCGACUCUGACUCUGACUCCGUCACUAGUGAAAACCAGCUUUAGGAAGCUGCCUCUGCCUGCCUCUCUGCCUCUGGCGUUUUAAGGCUCCAGUUUUCUCAUCCCUUGAUUCGGAGCUGUUCAAGUGUUUCACUUUGUUUAUUUUCUGUUAAAGGUAUUCCUUCAUGUCCCUAUGGCAGAUCAAGGCUCUACCAGUCCCCCAGCUUCUUGCUCCUGGAGCUCUGGUGGGGAUCUGGGUAACAAACAAACAAAAGUAUCUCAGAUUCACCAAGUCAGAGCUUUUUCCUCAUUGGUCAGUUGAGUUAGUGGCAGAGUGGUACUGGGUUAAGGUCACAAGAAGAGGAGAACUGGUAACUGAUCUGGAUUCACCACAUAAGAAACCUUACGAGCCUUUAUUGAUUGGCAGAUUUAAACCAGAGGGGGAUCAUGGUUUGAGGGAUUAUUGUUCGAAUUUGAUUAUGGAUGACAAGUUUGAUGAAGACAAGAAGAGGUGUAGCUUAGAGCAAAGGGAAUUCUGGAAUACUUCAUCACCACAAAUGAAAAGGAAAAGACUUGCAAGCAACGAAAGUGAGACUAAUUUUUGCAUCCAAGAUUUAAACAAAAUUACUACAGCAGCUGAUGGGAGUGAAAGUAAAAAUAUGCAUGACACCUUGCAAACUGUGACUUGGCAAAAAUCACAUGAACACAGGCUAAUGCUUUGUGGAUUUAAACACCAGUCGUGUAAAUUAGAAAGGUCAAGUGAUGUUGAUGAAUUUUCAGACUUACGAGUAAGUGAAGCGGUUUGCAAUACUGGUACAGACAUCAACCUAACAACAAAUGUGAAAGGUACUGGCAGUUUCUUAGAUUCAAUGGAGUCAUCAAAGAGAGGAUGUGAAAGAUUACCGUAUGAACAAGUGAUCUGUAGUGUGCCCUGCAGAAUCCACUCCAGGAAACCACCUCUGAAUGGUAAGUCUGGAUGACAGAUCUUCAGAAAAGUUCAUUGAAUAAUAAAUGAAUGAAGGAGUACAAUUUGUUUGGCAAAAUUGUGAAAAACUACAUUUCUGCCUGAGGUAUGUAAGCUUACUAAAAGAACACCGCCGGAUAGUACUGUUUACCUCAGAUGUGGUGCAUAAAAAGUAUAAUCUGGUCACCAGAUUAAUUUUGUUGGCAAGAUUUUGUAAAGUAAAGUUGUUGAACAAAAAAUUUGGCUUAAUUUUUAAUGUUGGCCUCCCUUUUAGACAAAGGAAUGCAACCUUUUAAUGACAAUGUGUAAAAUGGCUAAUCUACUCUGAUCAAGAGCCACUGUGGCUCGAGUGACUCAUCAAGAUAAUUGCCAUCAUUUGGGUGUACUUAUAAGGCUAUUAACUCGAUGUCAGAUUUGUUUCACUCUUGGACUGUUUGUAAAGUAUUUUUCUUUAAAGUCGUUUAGCCUUUCCCUCAACAGACACAUGAAUGUGUUUGAUUUAAAUUUAUUAUAAAUUUAUUAAUGGGAGCUUCGCUUUUAGCCCUGGCUAAAUCUAUAUAUUAGUACAGUUUCAGUGUCAGUUUUGCAUGUAUUUCAUCAGGGACAAGUCUAUUUAAUCAUAUAAUGUCGUGAGUCACACCAAUGUUAAAUUUGGUGAACUGGGUCAAUUUGUUAUUGAGGGGAUUGACGUGGAGGGUACUGUAAAGAAAGUCCACAGAUUUUAGAUCUCCAGAGGUGAGCGUCUCUGUACUAUUUGGUUCAGUUAUACAGAGCACAUUUGGCUUGUUUUUCCCUAAACUUUAUUUGACUAUACUAACACUGAUACCCCUUCUGCAGAAAUUCUCUCCUGUUAUAUAUCGCCCUCUUCUCGAUGCCUUGAGAUGUUCGCACGGAACUUAACACCACACUGGACAAGCUGGGGAAAUGAGGUAAGAAGUUAUUAGAUUGUUAUUGGAGGUCAAUUCAAGAUUGUACGGAGGUAGCUUUGCUGAGCGGUUAGAGCAAUGGACUUGACUUGUAUUUCCAAGGCUAGAGUUUGAGUCCCACUCUGACCAACAACUGGAUUUGUUCUCAGUAGUCCCACGUUCAAAACCUUGGCCACAUCUGUAAAUUAGCUAACUGGUUUACCUCCUACCAGUUGCGAUUUUAAGAGGAAAUUAUUAUUAUCAAAACAAGAAUGAAUGCUCUGUUUUUUGUUUACAGAAAGACAUAAUUUUUAAUGUGGUUGUGUUACUAGUAAGAAUAGGGCCAUUUAUACGAGGAAAAUAAGAUGCAUCUUACACAGGAUGCAUCCUAAAUAAGACACAAACUAUGCCAUAUAAACAGCACAUUUCUUCAGAAAUUUAGCUAAGACGCAUCUUAUUUAAGAACAGCCCUUAACACCUGUUCUUCGAUAAGAGGCAUCUUGUCUUAAUGUGCUGUUUAUAUGGGACAGUUUGCGUCUUAUUUUAGGACGCGUCUUAUUUUCCCUGGUAUAAAUGGCCCUAAUGUGUCCAAAGAAAGGAAAGUGCUUCAGUUUGUAAAAACAAGUAUUAAAAGAUAUGCUCAAAUGAGCAGGAAAAAUUAACGCGCAACUUGUUUUGCAACAUUGCUGCAGAACAAGUUGAAAAGUAAUGUUGUAGAUCUACUUUUUACAACUUCCUGCAACUGCAGUUUAGAUUCAUGAGUGGUAAAACAUGCAACAUGCAAAUAAUGUUCCAAGACAAGUUGCACAUUACUAAUCGUUCGCUUUUUUACGACUUUUACCACAAUGCACACCCACAGCGUCCUGCAAAUGCUUUUACUCUCUCUAAGUCUAAGACAGGGUGCUAGUCCAUCAAAGUGGAGCAAAAAGUAUUGUGUUAGGAAACAACACAACAGUCAUGCUUCAACCCGGACAUACAGAUAUGAAGUUUGACUUGCUAUCCAUUACUAGUAGACACAACAACAGGCUGCAUAGCUUCACAACUGUGUUGGAGACUGAGGUAACUUUAUUUUCUGUUUACUAGGUGUUGAAGUUUCAGAGUAUGGAGUAUUUUACACAUCUGCCAGCAAAAGAAACAGAUCCAAAACUAAGACCGAGCAACCUAUCUUCAUUCAGCUCUAUUAAUAAAUUUUUGUGUUCGUGAUCACAUAGCCUGCGCAUGAGUUCGUCAACAAAGUUGGGGUGAGAGCAAAAAAGAGGCAAAAAGGGAGAGGGGAAGGGGAGAAAAGGAAAUUUUUCCUCAUUUUCCCCUCCAUCCCGUCCCUGAAACACUUCCUAGGACGGCUAAUGAUCACAUCACUUGUGAUAAGUGCAUGAUAACUGUC